CACACAAGGGUUAAUUGUUAAAUAUUAUUGUUGAGGGGCACAGGCAGGAAAAAGGGCACCUGGGGCACCCAUCAGGAAAGGGGCACGUGCUCAAGCCCCUUCCUCCCCCCACCCUCUGCACGUGCCUGGUCCGGUCCAUGAUGCUUUUUUGCAAAUGUACCGCUCCUCCUGUCACUGACAGUUGCAUUAGGUGCUUUUACACUAAUAUGCGAUCUUCCUUACUGAUGAUGUUACGCAUUAAAGAUUUACAGCUCCUACUCCGACUGUUUGAAGUCAGCACAUUUUGAGUUAAACAAGUUUGCAGCUUUUUAGAAGCUUUUUAGAGGCUUUGACACAAACUCAAAGUCACCAAUUUGUUUACAAUUCAGCAUUUUUUUUCUGUUGACACAGAAAAGUGCAGAAUCUGACAACUUCCACAUGUACAUGAAAAUAUGACCGAUUUGCAUGUGGCCCCAGAAAUAACUGAUAUCCUACAAACAGAUAAACAUCCUGUUUGUUUCUUAUUAUUUACUAUUAAGUAAUUUUAGCUUUACUUUAGGUACUUGAAAUAUAUUUCGAUUAUACAACUUUUGUACUAUAAGCUACCUGUGUAGUAGUAUAAUGCAAGUAUAAUGCAUCAUAUGUGCACGUCUAAAUCUUUUGUAACCUGGACUCUUUUUAAGAAAAACUCCCAAUCUCAGUGGGACUAGCUGCUCAAAUAAUCUCCCCUGGAUGUCGUAUCAGUGACUGAUCACAGGUGUGUCGACACCUUUCCAGAGUUCAUCUUCAUAAUAAGAUCUGUACCCUGCAAGCGUGCAGUGGAUGGUGUCGGGCUAAAUAUAUCUGUGGGGGUGAUGCGCUUCUGUGGCAGCUGUAAUUUCCCCCUGACGCCAUAAACCAGUGUUCCCAUGUUCCGUCACCGUGAGACUCGUGCAAUGAGUAAUGCGUCUUUACCCGGUCUCUGCCUUCCGCAGCAUGAAAACGCUAACAUUUGGGCUGACCCUUGUUCGACAUGGGGAAACUCAGUACAACAAAGAUGGUCUGCUGCAAGGCCAGGCUAUAGACGCACCUUUGUCUGAGGCUGGGCUGCAGCAGGCAGAAGCUGCAGGGCGAUACCUCGCCCAUGUCAAGUUCACCAACGUGUUUGUUAGCAACAUGCUGCGGGCAAAACAGACCACCGAAGCAAUAAUGAAGCACAACAGCAGCUGUUCCGCUCUAGAAAUGGUGUGUGACCCUCUGCUUAUAGAAAAGAGCUUUGGGAUAGCUGAAGGGAGGCGGUUACAGGACGUCAAAGACACGGCCGAGGCGGCUGGUCAGACCUUUCCAGGCUUCACACCUCCGGGAGGAGAGACGCAGGAGCAGGUGAAGAUGCGGUUCAAAGAGUUUCUGGAGAAAAUGCUUCAGCAAAUUGGGGCCGAACACUUCAGCGAGAGAGGGCAGGACGACUCGUCGUUACCUGCUCCGUCACAGACGACUCCUACUGAGGGGAAGGCCGACGAUGGGGUCAAGGAUAUCCCCGUCCAUGCUUUGGUGGUCACCCAUGGGGCUUACAUGUGCGUGGUGGUGCGCUACUUUGUGGAGGAAUUGCACUGCCGCUUACCUCUGGGUUCUGAUCAAGCACACGUGUUCUCUCUGAGUCCGAACACGGGCCUUUGUCGGUUUAUAAUAACCGUGAGGAAACAAGACGACGAGUUCAUAUUAUCAGGGAUCCGCUGUGUUUUUAUCCACAGAGGGGACCACGUGAAACGCAGAUCGUGACCUGUUACGUCCUUUUCUUAGGGUUCGUUUAAACAGUAAUUAAAGCACCUUCACUCAGCCUCGGAUCGUUUGUGUUGCAGGAAAUUUCAUCAUCGCGUUGUUAUUGUCUGGCUGUUCGUUGCUACAUACGUGGGCGACUCUGUGGUUUAGCGAGGCCUCGUUUCUGAAUUUCUCCUGUAGGGGUCCAGAAAUCUGCACAAGAACUCGGAGUAGUGUUUACUCUUUGGAAAUCAGUUCCUUUCCCAUUGUUGUGAAUUAACACUUGAGUCACUAAGGACGGACGAAUGUUACGAGCCCAUUAAACUGUGGAACGUGUGAACGGUCUCUGUGUGGCUGUUUUUCAGUCCACACAUUUAUUUAGAGUAAAAGCUGCUGUUUCUUAGCUAAAGGAGUCUGUGGCGUGUGCGACUACUGAAAUGCUUUACUGAUGUAAAAAUGUACGUUUGCACCUGUGAUGGUUCUUUCCUGAUAAAGUCGUUUCAAUAAACUCAGCUGGUUGUUA